AUGGCGACGGCAGAACCGGCCCCAAGACCACAAGACAGGCAUUCUCGCCGGCGUCCCUUCUCGAGCUGGAUGAAGCGCCUUGCAAGCCUUAAGCACCCGUCUUCCGAUUCAACUCCAAGCGGAACAGGCAAACGAAAUCAGCCAUUAUCCUAUACCAAAAACAAGAAGGCCAAUGCGGUCAAGAACAACCCUUAUUCUAUCUCCGACAAACCAAACCUUGAUACCUCGAUACCCAACAGCGGCAAUGGUCAUCUUUCCUUCUACACUCCGCCAUCAGGAAGAAGCAUUAGCUAUGUUUCUCCCACGCACAGCAAAGUGUCUCUUCCAAUCUCACAUGACGGUCAACAGCCUCCAACAACCAGCAAUCAGUCUACUGCACCGACGUCGUCCACUAGUCCUGACACUGUCUCCGAUGCGGCACCAUCAAAAGCUGGGACUACAGCCACUGUAGGUGGAGCAGUGAGCUCUAAUGGCGUUGGUGGGGGCGAAGGCAGUACAUUUUCCUCGCCCGCACCGUCAGUCAGAUCAAUGACUACAACGUUGACCACAAUGCAAUCAACUGCACCUUCCAACCUUCUAGCUGGUCAAAACAAUCAAGGUGGCCAAACUGCCUUGGCCGUUCCUCAAUCAUCUUACGGUCACCAAAACUCUAACGCUCAAUUCUCUCAUCAAUUUCCAUCAUCUCCGCAACCGGCCUCUGCCAUUCCUCCCCAUCUUGUGAACCUUAGUGCUGGCGGGCACCCAGCGACGUAUAAUACUGCCACGGCAAAUAACGUCCUUACCGACAAUGCUUCAAUCAUGACCCUUGCUUCGUCUUCGAAGCGCCGACGCCGCAAUUCAGUCGAUACAAAUGCUUCUGUGCGCGCUCUGGCCCCAUCAUCAUUGUUUGGCGGCAGCAGAGAAUCACUACCACUCAGUGUUCUCAGCUCCAACGUCAAUGAUCAAUCAAGUAUCUCAGGUCAUCAUCAAAGUCGUCAAGUCAGUGUUGGACUUGCAAACGCUGAGAGGGCAAGCGUAUAUUCCUCUUCCGGCAUUGCACCGGCGUUGCCGAGCGAGCGGAACAGCUACUAUGCCGGAAAGCAGAACAAUCCUGGAGAUGGAGGUAGUGUCAGGAGCGGGCUUGUCAGCCAUGGGAGGAAUGAUAGCAUUACCAGGAGCAUCGGCGGACUUGCAAGUGUUGAUAGCCCACUUGCCAGUCCAAGAGAAGUGCCAUUGCAGGGCAGGAUUAGCAGGAGAAAUUCAGGUUGGGGAGAGGUCAACGAAGAAGACAUGGAUGCGGAUGAUAAUGACCGAAGCUUGACUGGAAAAAAGCUUGAAGAUUAG